CAUGGUCUCAGUUAAUAAACCAAGUUCAGAGAAGAUGGAAUAGUGACAAGUCCUUAUUGAGUUUGCCUCUUGCAAGACCAACGAUUCCAAAAAUAAUGGAGAAACGAAGGAAAAUAGAACAUAACGAUAUACCAACUGCGCGCACGUAUAAUGUCACACAAAAAUCGGUAACUCUUGAUGAAAUGUCAGAUAUCAGGCAACUCGCAAGUAAUAUUGAUAAAAUCGAGUUACCAAAUCAAUUGGCAUCUAUUUUGGACAAUCGUAUGCUUCAACAUGUCAUAGUGUUAAAUCCAGAGAGGGUUGCCAUUGCAAGAAUAAGUUAUUGGAUUGAUCAAUAUCUCAUGGAUCUAGUUUAUUGGAGUGAUCAAAACACGAAUACGAAGAUGAGAUUUGAUUGCUUGUUGAAUAAAUUAAUUACUAUGACAGAGUUCAUGAAGGAAUUGCUUCCCGGUAUUCAGGAGUUCUUAACGAAAUAUAUUCAUUCUUGGGAUGGUGGAGAAUAUCAAGAUCUAAUUUUCAGACUUUUGACAUUCUUAAGGCCAGGACCUUAUAACCAAUUUUAUGAAAAAAUUUUGAAACCAUUACAAUUUUUAUAUUGCAAUUCAUCGCCUGGUUGGAAGUCCAAAUUGAUUCGUUGUUAUACUGAUUUGCUAAAGUAUUGGACUUUACUUUACGAGAGGCAUUACGAAAGCAUGAAACAAGGAAAUAUUGAUAAUGAUGACGAAGAUUUAGACAAUUCAAUUGAGAAAUUGUCAAUUAACGGAAAUUAUUCUCAAACCAUACUCAAUUUUAUUGAUUAUGUUAGCAGAACCAUCCUGAUUGUGCCUGAGGAUGAGGACCAAAUAGAAGUACAACACGCUAUUUUAUCUUUUAUGGAAAUUUCAACGCUUCUACAACUUAAAUAUGAAUUCCACAAUAUCGUCUUGCCAUCAUAUUCAAUCAUUUAUCGUUCUUUUUUUUCGACUUAUGGAAUGCCUUUAUCACGAGUUUGUGGCAUUAUUCUACGAUAUCAAGAUGAAUUCGAUAAAUGCGAGCAGGAUGCAUCCGUAUCUAGUGGUGCGUUGCGUUACAACAUCAAUCAAAUCAAUUAUUUCAACUCUUUUGUGAUGGAUUUAUAUAAUGGGAUUUGGAGAAAUAGACCUUUUAGUAAAUUUGAUAAAGAUGCUAAAGGUUUUCAACUGAAUGAUGAUGUCAUCUCUCAAAUACAAAGAUUGUGCAAUGAGUCGUGUCCAAAAUGCCUAUCACUGAUUCAUCUUCCGUCCUUGUCUUUAAUAUCCAAAUGUUACUCUCAG